UCUCGGGGCGAUGUGGGCGGCUGUGUGGGUGAAGGUGGCGCUGGGCCUGUGUUUGGCCGCCGUGGCCGCCCUGCUCCUCCAGCGCUACGGCCGGGCCGGGCCGCCCCCGAGGCCCCCGCAGCCCCAGCCGCCCGCCCCGGUCCCCGGCCCCCGGACCGACAACCUCUUCUGGGGGCUGCAGGUGUCCGACCUCCACAUCAGCAAGUUCCUUGAUCGCCGGCGGGUCCCCGACUUCGAAAAGUUCUGUUCCGAAACCGUCGAUACGAUCCGGCCGGAGUUGGUGCUGGUGACAGGGGACCUGACGGAUGCCAAAACGCGGGAUAAGAUGGGAUCUAAGCAGAUCGAGGUGGAAUGGCAAACCUAUCAGGGUGUUCUGAAGAGGACCCGCGUCGCGGAAAAAACCCGGUGGCUAGACAUCAAGGGCAAUCACGACGCCUUCAAUAUUCCAAAUCUGAAGAGCAUCCAGAAUUACUACAGAAAAUACUCUGUUUUACGUCAGGAUGGUGCCUUCCAUUACAUCCACAGCACCUCUUUCGGAAACUACUCUUUCAUCUGCGUGGACGCCACCCCCAGCCCCGGGCCCAAGAGACCCUACAAUUUCUUUGGCAUCCUAAACGAGAAUCAGAUGGCAGAACUUUCAGCGCUGGCCACGGAGAGUCAUCGGAGCAACCAGACAGUCUGGUUUGGCCACUACCCUACGUCCACCAUCAUUUCCCCGUCCCCAGGGAUCCGGACCAUAAUGAGGUCUGCCACGGCCUAUCUGUGUGGCCACCUUCACACGCUCGGCGGGCUGAUGCCUGUUUUGCACAGUCAGCAUUCUCAAGGCACCCUGGAGUUAGAGCUGGGUGACUGGAUGGAUAACAGAAGGUACCGGCUCUUUGCUUUUGACCACGACCUCUUCAGCUUCGCCGAUUUGGUUUUCGACCGGUGGCCCGUAGUCCUCGUCACCAACCCCAAAUCGUUCCUCUACAGCAGCUCGGCUCACGAGCCCCUACAAAGAAUCCGCUACUCCACCCACAUAAGACUCUUGGCCUUCUCCCCAUCGCCUGUUACCGCUGUAGCUGUCAGGGUGGAUGGACGGUAUUUGGGAAACGCCGUUGGUGUGUCUGGCCCUCUUUUCGUCCUGAAAUGGGACCCCCGAAACUACAGUCAAGGGUCACAUCACAUAGAGGUGACCGUUCAGGAUUCCACCGGAAGAAGUAGCACUGUUCGCCAUGUGUUUUCUCUGCAAGAAGAUACUCCUCUCAGAUUUGGCUUCUUGCCUUCAUUCAUUCUCCUCACCGAUCACUAUGUCGUGGCUCGGAUCAUUUUUGGGCUGCUUCUGGUUGCCCAACUGGCCCUCCUUCUGAUUUUCAGGUUCCUCAGAAAACCAGUGCUUAAAGGGUCUCCGGGAUCUGUAGCUCUGACCUCAUUUUCCCUUCAUGUUUUGAGCAAAACGAACACCUUCUUCUAUCCUGUGUUGCUGCUGAACCUGUAUACGGCAUUUGGACCCUGGUUCGUCGGCGAAAUCAUCGACGGCCAAAUAGGAGCCUGCUUUUCCUUUGGCGUGUUUGUCGGCGGGCAUUUCCUCCAAGGGGGCAUGACGUUCGUGGUCGGGAUUCUCCAGCUGGCCCUGUUUAACGUGCCCCUGGGCGCCUACCUUUGCUGGAGUCUAGCGCAGCGCUGUGGGGGUCACAGCUGGCGGUCCCACAUGUCCGCGGGCCGGCGCCUGCGGGCGGGACUGGCCCACCUGGCGGCCCUGGGGCUGCUGGCCGGACAGGCCUACUCCUGCCUCGCACUGUACCUCGCCUACGGCCCGCUGGCCGCCCUCUGCUCCCCGAUGCGGCUCUGGCUGCUGAUGCUGGCCCCCGCCCUCGUCCGCCGCGCCUGGACCCUCGCCCCUUCCCAACUCCUCAAGAGCCCCUGACCACCGAAGCGCCCACGACUCGCCCGGGAGGACCGCGGAGCGGGGUCGUCUGGACGCGAAGAGGGAGAGUCUCUAAUAAAGUAUUCGGACUGACUCCGCGCUGAGGUCUCCUCC